AUGGGUUCUGAACCCAUGAAUGAAACAAACGAACACACAGAUGGCUAUACAAGAGGGGAAAAAAAAGAGGGAGAGGAGCAGGUUAAAGAGGGAGAGGAGCAGGUUAAAGAGGGAGAGGAGCAGGUUAAAGAGGGAGAGGAGCAGGUUAAAGAGGGAGAGGAGCAGGUUAAAGAGGGAGAGGAGCAGGUUAAGGAGGAGGAGGAGCAGGUUAAGGAGGAGGAGGAGCAGGUUAAGGAGGAGGAGGAGCAGGUUAAGGAGGAGGAGGUGCAGGUCAAAGAGGGAGAGGAGCGUUGUUUGGCUAUGGACAAUAUUGCCUGUGAUGUUGAUGAGGUCCUGUGGCCCGACCCAGCCCGAUGA